GUCUAUGGUUACAAUAUGGCAACAUGUCCCCACUCUGAGCACCACACGGCAUGAGAGGGCAAAGAAAGUGUUGAGUAAUGCAAAGUUGCGGUUGUUACGACCAAAACAGUGUUUAUAUUUGAGCCAAACACAGAGGACAUUUAUAACACGGGCGAAAUUAGCCGCUAUGUUCCGGCACACGAAGGCUGUGUUAGAGAAACUACGUCAUGUACGUUUAAAAUGCCGGCAGCUUCCACAGAGGCAGAGGAGUACAGCAGCAAAAGAAAAGGCUCUUCAUUAUAACGCCGGUCAACAAAUCCACAGCUUUACAGUGAAAGAGGUGGUGGCUGUACCUGACUUGUUCCUCACAGCAGUCAAGUUGACUCAUGAUAAAACAGGAGCUCAGUAUUUGCAUGCAGCCAGGGAUGACCCCAAUAAUCUCUUCAGCGUCCAGUUCAGGACCACGCCAAUGGACAGCACAGGUGUUCCCCACAUCCUGGAGCACACAGUGCUGUGUGGAUCCAAGAAGUAUCCAUGCAGAGAUCCUUUCUUCAAGAUGCUCAACAGGUCUCUUUCCACUUUCAUGAACGCCUUCACAGCCAGCGACUACACCAUGUACCCGUUCUCUACCCAAAACGAGAAAGACUUCCAGAAUCUUCUGUCCGUGUAUCUGGAUGCCGUGUUUUUCCCGUGCUUAAGAGAGCAGGAUUUCUGGCAGGAAGGUUGGAGGCUGGAGAACGAAAACCCGACGGACGCCAGCUCACCCCUGGUGUUUAAAGGAGUCGUCUUCAAUGAGAUGAAGGGGGCUUUUUCAGACAACGAGAGCGUGUACGGUCAGCACCUCCAGAACAAGUUGUAUCCGGACCACACCUACUCUGUGGUGUCUGGUGGCGAGCCACUGGCCAUUCCCGACCUAACUUGGGAGCAGCUCAAACAAUUCCAUGCCACACAUUACCACCCUAGCAAUGCCAGGUUCUUCACCUACGGAGACUUGCCUCUGGAGCAACAUCUGAAACAGAUUGACGUGGAGGCAUUGUCCAAGUUUGAUCGUAUCGAUCCCAACACGCAAAUCCCCCCUCAGCCACACUGGACCAGUCCUAGAGAAGACCAUGUGACCUGCAGUCCUGACCCCAUGGCUCCUGAUCCAUCCCGUCAGAACACGCUGUGUGUCAGCUACAUGCUGGGAGACAUCACCGACACCUUCGAAGCUUUCACGCUCAGCUUGUUGUCUUCACUGAUGACGUCGGGUCCAAACGCUCCCUUUUACAAAGCUCUAAUCGAACCCAAAAUUGGAACAGACUUCUCCUCUGUGGUGGGAUACGACGGCAGCACCAAAGAGGCGUCAUUUAGCAUCGGGCUCCAGGGCAUGGCUGAGGCAGACUCGGAGAAGGUCAAGAACAUCAUUCACCAGACCAUCUGUGACAUCGUUUUGAAAGGCUUUGAGGACGAGAGAAUCGAGGCUCUCCUGCACAAGCUUGAGAUCCAAAUGAAGCACCAGUCCACCAACUUUGGCCUGUCUCUGGCCUCGUACAUUGCGUCCUUGUGGAACCAUGAUGGUGACCCCGUGGAGCUGCUGCAGAUCAACAACAGUGUCACUAAGUUCAGACAAGCCCUGAAAGAAAACCCACGCUUCCUGCAGGACAAAGUCCAACACUACUUUAAGGAAAACACGCAUCGGCUGACUCUCUCCAUGAGUCCAGAUGACUCUUACUUAGAAAACCAGGCCAGAGCAGAGAAGGAGAAACUUCAGGAGAAGAUCAGUGCUCUGUCUGACGGCGACAAGAAGGAGAUAUAUGAGAAAGGUCUUCAGCUACUGGAUGCUCAAAGUAAGACUCAGGAUGCUUCGUGUCUGCCGGCCCUCAAGGUGUCAGACAUUGCGCCCACUAUUCCCAUCACCCCUGUGCUCAUGAGCAGUGCAGAAGGCGUACCUGUCCAGUUCUGUGAGCAGCCCACCAAUGGUUUGGUUUACUUCCGGGCCAUGUGCAGCCUCAACACGCUUCCGGAGGACUUGAAGCUCUAUGUCCCGCUCUUCUGCAGCGUCGUCACAAAGAUGGGCUGUGGUUCUCUGGACUACCGGCAGCAAGCCCAGCAGAUGGAGUUGAGGACGGGGGGCAUGUCCGUGUCUCCGCAGGUCAUCUCUGACUGCUCCAGCUUGGAGAUGUUUGAACAGGUCAGCGCUUUACAAGCAUUGAACCUCACAAUUUGUGAUGUUUACACUGCGUGUCUGUCUAAGGGCGUCCUCCUGUCAUCCUCCUGCUUGGACAGGAAUGUCCCUCACAUGUUCCAGCUGUGGCGGGACAUCUUCAACAGCCCCCAUUUUGACGAUGAGGAGCGUUUGAGGGUCCUGGUGAUGAUGUCAGCGCAGGAACUGUCCAACGGGAUUUCUUACUCCGGCCACAUGUACGCCGUGACGCGGGCGAGCCGUCACCUGACUCCAGCAGGGGACCUCCAUGAGACCUUUGACGGAAUGGAGCAGGUGCGGUUCAUGAAGAGGAUAGCAGAGAUGUCAGACCUCACACAGGUCAUUCGCAUGCUGCCCAGGAUCAAGAAACACGUUCUCAAUCCUGACAACAUGAGGUGUGCCAUCAACGCCACACCUCAGCAGGUGUCAGAGUCUGCGGCGCAUGUGGAAAGCUUCAUGAAGGACGUGGCUGCUAAAAGGAAGCACUUUAAAGCCGUGCGGCCAAAUAUCAUCCAGAGACCACUAGAUGUCCUCAGUGACUCUGGACCCAGCAGGAAGCUUGUCAAUGACCCCGAUUUCCAACCUUGUUAUAUGAAGACCUUCUUCCAGCUCCCAUUCCCAGUAAACUUUGUAAGCGAGUCUGUGCGUACAGUUCCUUACAACCACGAGCAUUACGCCAGUCUGUGUGUCCUGGCGAGAAUGAUGACAGCAAAGUUCCUCCAUGGAGAGAUUCGAGAGAAAGGCGGAGCCUACGGGGGCGGAGCUAAGAUGGGAGGAGGAGUCUUUUCCUUUUACUCCUACAGGGAUCCAAACUCGGUGCAGACACUCUCUGCCUUUAGAAGAGGUGUGGAGUGGGCCAAGUUGGGCCAGUUCAGCCAGCAGGACAUAGACGAAGCAAAGCUGUCCGUCUUCUCCUCCGUCGACUCACCUGUGGCGCCCUCUAGCAAAGGCUUGUCCGUCUUCCUGAGUGGACUGACAGACGAGAUGAAGCAGCGUCACAGAGAAAGACUCUUUGCCGUCACCCAUGCAAACCUUCUGGACGCGGCUGAAAGGUACCUAUGCGCCGGUCACAAGACGUGUGGCGUGGCCAUUUUGGGCCCAGAGAACGACUGCAUCAAGAAAGAUCCAUCAUGGGUUGUCAAAUGAUGCAACUGCUCUAGUUAUGUUAUGUAUUUUUAACACAUGUAUUUAUCUUAAAAGUGGAAAAUAAAUAAUCAUGUUGGAA